AUGCUCGCGAUCAUCAAAGGAAUGGUCCUACUCUCGCGAUCACAUGACCCCGUCUAUCACCAUCUCACCAAAUCCAAAAUCCCGCGCUAUAUCACUGAGUGGGGACACUCAGAAUGUAAGUCCCCAGGAGAUGUAGAGACUCGUGCCUCUCAAUGCCGGACAUAUGGCCCCACGAACCACAUAUUCCUUACAUAUUCCAGCUCUUAUCCGAAGGAUCAGUCAUACGCGCUCCCGCGCGCGCGCCAUACGUUCGCGCCUCGUUCGCGCGCCUCAUACGCACUCGCGCGCUUCCGCGCGCAUCCGCGCGCGUCCGUGCGCCUCCCCUUAGGUCUUCUCGUGCCUACCCUGCGCUCCCGCAUACGCGCGCACCUCUCGCAUCUCGCGCGCCCUCGCAUCGCUCACGCGCGCCUUCAUAUCGCUUACGCGCGCCUUCGUGCGCGUUACCUUCUCGCGCCUACCAGCGCCCGUCUAGUUGACAGAGUUUCCCUCCACCUUAUUCGCGAGGAACUUCUCUCAGUAGCUGUCCUUUGGGUCGAGCUGUAUUCUCGUAUCCAGAUUCCUCACCUUCAACGCGCAUUCACAGCAUCCGCGCUGUGUAAUCUGAUGCCGGCUACGCCCAACAAACCAUCACUCAUGAUGUAUAGAGGUACUGAUGCAGUGUGUGAAUACGACAAUCCCGACCUCAUCCCUGGGAUGUUCCCCACUUUGUUCCCGUUCGGCAUAGGUGGUUUUGAUGACAAGACUCGACGCACCCCUCUGGGUUUCCGCCGGCAAAUUGAGUACACGCUCGAUCUUGCAGAUAAAUCUUUUCGCUACCAUCGUACCUACAUGUUUGUCACGCUGAACAUAUGGCAACGCCGGAUGGCCCACCUCCAUACACAUUUCACUGUCCAUCGCGCCCAUUUCGACACCUUAGCCAAAAGCCUCGCUUCUGUGAACACAGUCGCUGCUCGAAUCCCUGGAUCGCAGUCCUCCAAAAUUCACAUCUGGAACGAAAUUCGUAGCUACUUCGGUAUUGUUGUUUCUACAACGGUUGAUCUCACUCAACGAUAUCCUGUCUUGGUCUCAGCGCGCGAGCGUGCACUUCGCCUCGCUCAGGAUCCAGUUGCUGCUGCUGAUUUCUUUCAAUUCUGCGUGAAAGCUUUGUUCGCACAUUUGUUCGGAUGGGACUUUGAGACUGCCACAUCCACACCCACGGGCGGCAUUUUGGGGCAUCUGGAAGCUUUCUACGGAACUAGUGAGUUCACAGAGCGAGGGAGUUUACAUGGCCAUUUUGUCAUCUGGCUGUUGGGCGGUCUCAAUCCUACAGAGUUGCACAGUCGCUUGAACGAUCCCCUUUAUCAAGCCCAGUUCUUCGCGUAUUUCGAGGACAUUAUCCAUCAUCAUUUGCCUGACAUAGAGUUGGAUGUGGACCCUUCUUUCGAGCCUCGAACCCAAAGACCUCCUGUACCUCUGGACCUGUCGUUGAUCGGCCAGAGUCCCCAAAGCGUGCUUAAUGAAUGGGAGUCUGUCAUGGCGACCGAUGUCCUGCAUGAUACGGGAAUCAUGCAUGGACAUAACUACUACUAG